AUGCGUUCGCGGGCCUACCUGCUACUGGAGCGAGAUAAUGAGGAUCUGCAGAAGGCCCGGCUCUACGGUAUUUCUGUAAGACCAGCAAGUGACAACCUCCUGACAUGGAGAGCCAACAUCCGAGGACUGAAGGACUCCAUCUGGGAAGGGGCUGUGCUCCAGGUCUCCUUGUCAUACACAGAAGAAUACAACGACGUCCCCCCGGCUGUAACAUUCAACACUAUUCCAUUUCACCCCAAUGUUGAACCAAGGACUGGAAAGCCUUGCGUCGAUUUCCUGGACAAGCCAUCGGACUGGAACCCGCGUUACACGAUGAGUUAUGUACUGCUGGCUAUCCAGACUCUUCUUUCCAAUCCCGUGAUGGAGGACGUUGUUCAUUUGGAGGCUGCAGACUCUCUGCUUAACAGACCAGAGGAGUACAGACGGACAGUACUACACUGUGUGAAGAUCAGCAGACAGAUUGAUGGUAAGUCUGUCCACCUUGUUAAAUGA